UUAUUCCUUUACUCUUAUGCAUGCUGCAUCGAUAAAAACACUUUAAUGCACUCUAGAACCAUAUAUGUGUAAAGAUCCAUGUUACACGAUAGGUGCACAUUUUAUUUUUGACACCCACUGUAUUUGAGAUUGGAGACAGUACUGUGUUUCUUGGGCCGCAGAUCACGUCGGUGAUAUGUAAAUCUCGAUCAUUUUUCAAUCACUUGUUUGUUUUUGUUAUUUUUCUAAACUCUGACCGUCUGAUUGACUUUGACAAAUAAAGCACGUGAAACUUUGUAUCAGUGCAGAGUCGCCGCGCUCUUUGAUCUGCGCGCUAAAUGUCACAAUGUUUCCGCAGAUUAUUGAUACAGAAUCAGCGGAACAACGGGACGUCCGAAAUAAACAAACGCGCACUUUUGUAUUGAUCCUGAUGUUUUUUUGAAUACGUCCUCGGCUAAACGCGUUAUUGAAAUAAAUUGCCUCUAAGCGAAACGACCCCGUUAUAUGUUAUUUGGGCGUUGUGCGCGCGGUCAUGCGCAAUGAUCGCGUAGAGUUGCGCGACCUUCUUUGUUGUGACGUCGCCCAGUGCUGGGACAGUACUAGAAAUCUUAAUCAUUCAUAAAACACAAAGCCCGUUUAUUUAGUCAACAACAAUAAUCUAAAACAGCAGCCAAUAGUGCAAAUACCAGGACUAAAACCGUGGGUCAUUUAUUUAACUAUUGUACCAUUGGGCUAAAACAAAAACUAAGGGAUUGGCCAACUUGGAUGGUGUCAAACGUGUAUGUCAAUCUAUUAAGAGUCUGAACUGAAACUGUUCAAUUAAAUGUGGAUCAGAAAUAAAAUGACAUAAUGUGAAUAAAACCUUCUAACUGAAAGUGAAGCAGCAGAUGUCAGGAUAACACUUAACUUAAGCAUACGUUUGGUGUUUAGAAAGAAUAUAAAGGGAGUCAGUGGCAUUACAUUCGGGCAAUACAUUCUUCAUGUCCUUUGACCUUCUCUUCUGUUAUGCUGCUUCUCACACACACACAUCACACGGACAGUAAUCUCCAUCUGAAGAUAACACACAUGUCAUCUGUAUGAGUGUCAGUGUGAAUAUGUCUGAUACGUGUUUUCUUCAUCUGUGUCUGUUGGCAAACAGCAUUGGCAGGUAGGUUUAAAUGUCUUACAAUCAUCUCACCUGGUUUGCUCCACGUCAUCAUUGAGAUUAUGUGCUUGAGCGUCUCUCUGUGUCUGGAGGGCCGUUAUUUAUCCGUCAUCAUUAGACUGUUAUUGGUGUAACCUAACAAAAUCUCUUAAAAGGUACAGCAAGUCAGGUUUGUUCAUGUUUUAAAAAACACAGCGGUUGAUGCCACAUUUCAGUCACUUCAGUACACGUGUGAGCACACAGAAUGUGAGCGCAUGUCAUUUAAAACAGAUUUGUUUUAGAAUACGGUUGGUUUUUCAUGAACAGACGGCUUCCUGCACCUUUAAGGAGGUUGUGUGGAGAUAUCAGUGUUGAAGAAAACAUUCCCAUUUCGUAACGCCUCACGUCACAUGGAACAGCCGUGUCAGUUUGUCUUGACUAUUUUUAGAGCAUGUGUCUGGGGAUCGGGGGAGGGGAGGGGGCGCUACACAUGCUGAUUCAGCACCUGGGGAUUGACCCUUUAUUAAGAGAUGUGGGUUCAGAGGUUGCCACGGUGAUGGGAGGAAAGUGGUACCCUCUUUUACCUAGAGCAGAACCUGUGAUAAUUUACCAUGGUAAACGCACUUUCUGACAAAACACCUGUUAGUAAAGUUAGCCAUAUUUGGAUACAAUUUUGUUUAAUUUUUGCAUUAUUUAACAAAAUUGUAACUAUAAUGAGCAACUUUGUUACCAUGGUAGAUUGAGUUGGGACACGUGGAAGCACGUUGCAGGCUAACAUAAUGUUAUGUAUGCAGUCGGUGCACUCCUGGUGUGUGUUUAAUUGUGAACUUUAACCCUCUGUAAGACAUGUCUGAGAGAGCAAAGAGAAUGGAGAAGAAACAGAAUCACACGCAGGUGAAAACCUGCGAUCACUGUAAACCAAACACCUGCGCAAACAUGGCCGUCCCUCCUGCAUACGCUGACCUUGGCAAAACCGCCAAGGAUCUCUUCAGCAAAGGCUAUGGGUUUGGAGCCAUUAAACUAGACCUGAAGACUAAGUCUCAGAGUGGAGUUAUGGAGUUCUCCACCGGCGGCUCCAGUAACACAGACACUGGGAAAGCGGCUGGAAAUCUGGAGACCAAGUACAAAAUGAAGGAGCUGGGCUUGAGUCUGAACCAGAAGUGGAACACCGACAACGUUCUGACCACUGAAGUGACUCUUGAAGAUCAGCUGGCCAAGGGUCUGAAGCUGGCUCUGGACACUUCAUUUGUGCCCAACACUGGAAAGAAGGGCGCUAAACUGAAGACGGGCUAUAAGCGGGACUACAUGAACGUGGGGUGUGAUUUAGAUUUUGAUCUGGCCGGACCCACGAUCCACGCCGCGGCGGUUCUGGGUUAUGAGGGCUGGUUGGCCGGUUAUCAGAUGGCUUUUGACACGGCCAAAUCCAAACUCGCCCAGAACAACUUCGCUUUGGGCUACAAGGCAGGAGACUUCCAGCUUCACACUAAUGUUAAUGACGGCACAGAGUUCGGAGGCUCCAUCUAUCAGAAAGUAAACAGUCAGUUGGAAACGGCGGUGAAUCUGGCGUGGACCGCAGGCAGCAACAACACACGCUUCGGCAUCGCCGCUAAAUACCAGCUGGACAAAGAUUCCUCAAUCUCUGCCAAAGUAAACAACGCUAGUCUGGUUGGAGUUGGUUACACACAGAGCUUGAGGCCAGGCGUGAAACUCACUCUGUCCGCUCUGAUCGAUGCCAAGAACUUCAAUGCCGGUGGGCACAAGGUGGGCAUGGGCUUCGAGCUGGAGGUGUGAAGAUGAAAGACGACAGGCAGAGAAGAAAAAGACAACAGCAGGAUUUCAGACACGCUUCCCUUUCCACCCGUCAUUCGGCCUUAAAGACCCUCUCGUCCCGUGAGAAACAAGAACAUCAGACACGUGUUCCGGAGCUACACCCAUCCGUCAAAACAUCGCCAUAACAACCGCUCUCCCUGAAGCAUCACCAUGACAACAAAUGAUGUUCACGGGUUUUAAAGUUACGUAUCGUUUGUUUUGAAUGGACAUUUCUACGUGUUUAAAUAUUCAGAUUCCGCCGGUCGUGUGGAUUCAGUUCAGGUUAAACAUACGGAGUAUGUAUGCAUACUUAUGUAAACAUACAUAAAAAUGACGGUUUUUGAUGUGUAGGAGAAAUGUUGUUUCGUGUUUAAUGAGAAAUAAGAAAGAAUACCAACACCCUGUCAAUCACAUUCAUCUUUAAUUCUUUAUAAUAUUUAUUACCAAACGUAUGCUUUGAUCUAUUGUUUAAGCUUCUGUUCUGGUUUUUGCGGGCUGGAGAUCUCGGCAGACAGUUCAUGAGCGUCUCUGCAGUUGUUCUCUUCACUAAAGGUCCUGGUUUGUGUUACAAAUGGAGAACUUGUGUGUCGUGGAACUAAAUAAAGAGGAUUGUCGAG